UCCCUGCGGCCACUUCCGGACGUGAAAGUUUGCUGCGUAGGGCUAGGGAGACCGGGCCGGACUGCGGGGAGUGAGCAGGUUCAGCCGUGACGGCAUUCUUAAGAGUCCUGCCCAAGUGAGGGAUUUGGGGUGUGGGACAGAGUGGUCCCCAGGGCAGUGGGCAUUGGAAACUGAGACGCCCUGCGAAGAAGGCUUGGGGAGGGGCUGCGGAGACCAGGGGACGAGGUAUAGGGAGAGGAGGGCAGAAAGCCUUGGGAGUGGGCUUGGAUCCAGUUGCCCGAGAGGCACAGGCCUGGGACUCACUGUAUUUCCCAAGGGGAGAAGGGGCUAUUUCCCAUGGGAAGACAGAGUGGGAUGAAUAGUGGACCUUGAGAAGAGGGGGUGGCCAAGAAAAGGUUCCUGAAGGACGCAGGACCCAGACUGCAGGCUGGGGAGGGUUUGGGCAGCCAGAGGGAGGGGAGGGUGCUGGAGCGGGGGUCACUCGGUCACUCUGGCCGGAGAUCUGAGCGGCUUCUGCUCCCUCUGCGCUGUGGAGUGCAUCUGUUUGCCAGCCUCGCUGGACCGUUGAGAGGAUUCAUCGAGACCGUGGAUAUGGAUAUGCAGUGUGAACUGAAGUUUGGGGACAUGAGUAAUCAGUCACAGUGGCCCAAGAUUUGAGGUGUAAAUGGAGAAGUCAAUGAUUCGCUGCAGCUGUGUGGAACAGCUGCCGCUCCAGAUGCUGCUGCUGCCGCCGCGGCCACCCCACCCUCGGUCCUCCUCUCCGGAGGCCAUGGACCCACCGCCCCCCAAGGCUCCCCCUUUCCCCAAGGCGGAAGGCCCCUCCUCCACUCCUUCCUCGGCGGCGGGGCCCCGACCCCCGCGGCUGGGCCGCCACCUCCUCAUCGACGCCAAUGGGGUCCCCUACACAUACACGGUGCAGCUGGAGGAGGAGCCCCGGGGCCCGCCCCAGCGCGAGGCGCCCCCAGGAGAGCCCGGCCCUCGCAAGGGCUACAGCUGCCCGGAGUGCGCCCGUGUCUUUGCCAGCCCUCUGCGGCUGCAGAGCCACCGCGUGUCGCACUCGGACCUCAAGCCCUUCACGUGCGGCGCCUGCGGCAAGGCCUUCAAGCGCUCCAGCCACCUGUCGCGGCAUCGCGCCACGCACCGCGCCCGCGCCGGGCCGCCGCACACCUGCCCGCUCUGCCCACGCCGCUUCCAAGACCCCGCGGAGCUGGCGCAGCACGUGCGCCUCCACUAAGCUCGAGACCCGACUUGAGCUGCCCUGCCCCUCUCAGGGCCACGAAGUCUGACCCACACAGCGUCACUCACUCCCACACACACUCCCUGGCUCCGCUGAGGUUACUGCCUUACCCUGGGCCUCAGUUUCCCCACCUUCCAAAGGGAGGAGCAUCAUUCUUUCCUUACCCCCUUUAUAGCUGUGUGAUGUAGACCAAAGUCGUUGCCCCUCCCUGGGCCUGGGAACCAGUCGGAACUGGGUUCCGGUCCAGCUGUGCUGUGUGAGCCUUUGCAAGUGACAUGACCUCUCUAAACCUUGGUUUUCUGCUCUCUGGAGCGGUGAACCGGUGGUUGUCUGCGGGGAAGAGAUGAUAAAGAGCACGGGCACGGUCUGGUUCAUUUCUGUAUCUACCCCCAUUCCGCCCACGUCCCCUACCCUUUGCUCAAUAAACAUUCCGCACUUCA